AUGGCGAGACUGGCUGCUCAUCCAGAUGAAAUCUACGAACUGCUGGAUGAAAUUGAUUCCGAUUUGGAAAUUGAACUCGAAGAUGAUGAUGAUGAUUGGGUACCGUCUGAAGAGGAGAAUUUGUGUGUACAAGAUGAUGAAAUUGAAGAAAGUGAUAAAUCUGAUGAAAGUGGAGACGAAAAUGAUUCAGCAGUUCCCAGUACUGUACAAAAUCUCCAAAAAUCAUCAAUGCUAAAUUGGGGUAGAACUAAUCCAUUUAAAAAUGAAAAUAUACCCGAAACAAUACUUCCAGAUCCCACUGAAGUUUUAACACCAUGGUGUUACUUUGAAAAGUAUUUAGGAAACUCAUUUUUUCAACUGUGUGCAGAACGUACUGCACAAUUUUAUUUACAAAAACACGGAAGGGAACUUAAACCCAAAGUAACUCCUGAAGAAAUAAAAAAUUUUUUUGGAAUCCAUGCAGUGAUGGGUUGUUUAAAAUUCCCUCGAAUUCAUUUAUAUUGGAGCAGUCGCUUUAAACUUCCUGUAAUUGCGGAUGCGAUUCCAAGAGAUAGGUUGUACCUCUUGAGAGUCAAUCUUCAUAUUGUGGAUGUAUGCACGGUAACAGAAGAAAUUUAA